AUGCUUCCACAACAAUUUAAGAACCUUUCUCUUCUGGGUAAUUUUGAAAAUUUAUUCGAUAGUGAUUUGUUAGGAGAAACUGAACAAAGACUAAAGGAAUAUCAUGAGAAGGAGAAACUAUUCAACGACAUGUUGAAAACUAAAUCCCGAGAUGACGAAUCAACCAAUGAUGACGAUAAUGAAGAGGCAGCCAAUCCUCCUCAACAAGAAAACGAAAAUCCAACAGACGAAACCUCAUCAUCAGAAGACAGAAAAUUAAAUAUUGGAAAAAUUGAAGAAUUUGCUCGUCAGAUGAGAUCAUCACUCAUCAAGGAAAGAAAGAAAACACAAAAUCAUGAAUCUUUCAGGUCCGAUCUUGAAAAGUUAAAGUAUUCUAUUUGUAAAAAGCAAAUUCCAUUCAAAAUUAUUAAUAAUCACAUAUUUCCAUUUCUUACAUUGAGAGAAAUCAUUCAAAUGAUGAGAGUGAGCAAGGCAUUUGAAUUGGCAUCGAGGUAUUAUCCUUUGGAACAAGUCAAACAUGUGAAUUGGUUUCAAAACAGAUUUCUCUCAACAUUUAAAGGUCAACAAGUUACAAAAGAUUUGGGAAUGGGACAAAGCUCAACAUUUACAUUGAGUUUUUCAAUUAUUCCAAAGCAAAAUAUUCCAAAUCUUGGUAUGAGUGCUUCCUAUUCGAAACAUGAUGUUACAACUUCAACUCCAAAAAUGAUUUGGUACUUGACAUCGAGAUCAUAUUUAAGUUUCAUGGACAGUAUUGAAGCCAAUCAUGCAAACAUUAAAAAGGAACUCAAAGAAAAGAUAAUUGAAAUUUGUCUCUAUGUCAGCAAAUUACAGGAAUAUGUUUCAGAGCAGGAAAAGAAACACUCUAUCAAUUUGAUUUUACAAAGAAAUACCUUUGAAACGAAUCAAUUUAUCUCAGACAAGACGGAUGAUUUCACACUUGCAUUCUGCAUUGAGGGAGAUGAGGCCAAUAAUGUUGCCUUUGUCACUCAAAUGAAAACAGUUCUCAUUGGAAUUAGAAGACCAAUUUCACUUUACAUGGAUGAUGACGAUGAUGAGGAAGAAGAUGAGGAAGAUGAUGAUGAGGAUUAUGAGGAAGAUAUUGAUGAAGAUGAUGAAUAUUACGAAGAGGAAGAUGCUAAUGAUGAAAAUUAUCAAGCAGAAGAUGAUCAAGAAUAA